UUAAGGGUUACGUGUGGUGUGGCUUGUGGUGCGGCAAGCUGAACGAGAGUAUUAAUUUUAUCCUACUGGACGAAUUGCAGGAAUUGACAAAGUACGGAAUCUUGGUUGUUGUUUUUCGCGUUUAGAACUCAAACUCUUGCUCAUAUUAACCCUGGAAAUUAUUACGUGAAGUCUAACAUGGCGCUCAAUUUAACAGCCAAAGUUCAUCCAGUUGUUUAUUACACGAUUGUCGAUGCAUACGAGCGUCGAAACAUAGAUGCACAUCGUGUUAUCGGAACACUUUUGGGUUCAUAUGACAAAGGCUGCAUUGAAGUCACCAAUUGUUUCUGCGUGCCACAUAAUGAAUCUCAAGAAGAGGUUGCUGUGGAGCUGGAUUUUGCCAAGGACAUGCAUGACUUGCACCGCAAAAUAUCUCCAGGCGAGUCUAUAGUCGGGUGGUGGGCGACCGGCCACGAGAUCACUGACCACAGCCUCCUCAUCCAUGACUACUACUGCCGGGUCACCACAUCACCAUUGCACAUCACUGUUGACACUACCUUGAAGAAAGGAAAAAUUGAAAUGAAGGCCUACACCAGUAUGUUGAUUGGCCUGCCGGGUAAAACUCCUGCCACGAUGUUUGCCAGCAUACCAGCGGAGAUCACUUCUCUGGCGCCUGAGGUUGUGGGAGUGUGUGCUUCCCAGAAGAGCAAAGCACCAAACCGCAGCCUGGUGGAGCCUUGCUCCGACUUGCAGCUCAUUGCUGACGCAUCCUCCAAGAUAGAAGCACAACUUGGCGUUUUGCUCGCUUACAUCGAGGACGUGCUGGCGGGGAAGUGUCCCGCGGACUCACAGAUCGGACGGGAGCUCACCAGGAUGGUGAACCAGGUGCCCCAGAUGGCCGCGGGCGAGUUCGAGGAGAUGCUCAACACAAACAUGAAGGAUCUGUUGAUGGUUGUGUAUCUGUCACAACUGACGAAGGUGAAUGUUUCACUGAACGAGAAGUUGACGCUGCUGGUGGGCAGUUCAGGCAGCAAGGAGCUACACUGAGGCGCCUGCUGCACAACAAAUAUUCACUGCCCCUCCCUCCUACAACAUUGCUCUGUUUUCAAAGCCUCGCUAAAUUCGUGGUUUGCCAUGAAUGUCAUUUAUGCUUCAGAAAUAACUUUCUCAAGCUUGAUUCAUCGAUGCAAAACUUGCUGUGGGGGCAAACAUCCCAGUGAAUUUAGCAUAAUUUUUCAAUGAAUUUAACCGACACGUUUGCGUGAUUAUAGCAGUAUUCGAGACUACGUGUGCUGCUUUUUUUUAUUUCUAUUCUGAUUACUUAUGAUUUUGAGUUAGAAUUCAAAUAUAAGGGAGAAGAGGGGCUUCA